AUGAAUUUAGUGCGCAAGUGUUUCCACAGAAUGACUGUUUACGAAAUUAAUGAAAGAGAAACUAAAGAAAUCGCUAAAUCAUGUACAAAGAAUGAAGAAGGAUUCUGGCACAAUCUGAGAAAGUAUUUAAGAGAAUAUGCUGAAGUAACAGGCCUUCACGGAUUCCGGUAUGUUGCCGAAAAACGUUCAACACCUGAAAAGAUUGUUUGGGGUUUGCUUUUGAUGAUUUCAUUAGGUGGCUGUGUCUAUAUGAUUAACGAUGUAGUGUAUAAAUAUGAGAAUAGUCCGGUGGUUGUUAGUUUUGCAACUGAAGAUACACCACUGUAUCAAAUCCCGUUCCCUGCAGUUACUAUCUGUCCAGAAGGAAAAUAUAGUAAACAGGCGUUCAACUAUAGCGAUCUCUAUUAUCGGAUAGACGAUGGCAAAGAAGUGGACAAAACAAAUUUAACGAUGUUUCACCAUCUAAGUCUUGUGUGUGAAGAUCAUUUUAACAUAUUUGAAAAUGAAACCCUGGACAACCAAUUCUUUAAAACCAUAAGUGAAACUAAAAUUGACCCAACGGAUAUGUUUGCGACAUGUUUCUACAACGACGAAUUUUACUGUGAGAAAUUAUUUACGCCUGUUAUUAUAGAUGAGGGAUUAUGUUAUUCGUUUAAUAUUUUUGGGCGAGAGGACAUAUUUAAGGACCACGUGUAUAAUUAUGAUCAAUAUUAUCACGUUCCCCACAAAAUUGCAGAUUAUUUUGAUAUGGAAACCGGAUACAAAGAAAAUGCCGGCGUCGUUGCGUAUCCCAGAAGAGCGUUAAUGUCUGGGGUUGAUAAUGGAUUUACGGUAUUUUUUAGUUUUGACGAAGGAUUGGACGAUCCUCUAUGUACUGGUCCUCUUCAUGGAUUUCGGGUUUUAAUUCAUAGCCCUUGGGAUGUACCUCUCCUUAGAAAACAUUACUUUCGUAUGCCUUCCAAUAAAGUUGUUGCAGCUGCAAUGGAAGCUGAAAUUGUUCACACAUCUAAAGAUCUCAGAAAAUUUGGGCCUAACAAAAGAAAGUGCUACAUGCAUGAUGAACGCCCUCUGAAACAUUUUAAAAUGUACACACAAUCUAACUGUUUACUUGAAUGUCGAACUAAUCAUACCUUGAAAAAAUGUGGCUGUGUUGAAUAUUUCAUGCCGAGGGAUAAUGCAACUGCCAUUUGUGGUUACCCUCUUCACAAGUGUGAUAUUGAAAGUACCUUAUUCAGUAGACAUACGGAAUAUAACAAAGAUGUAUCGAACAUUUGUGAUUGUAAACCUGACUGUUCAAAUUUGAAAUUUACCAUAGAAACUUCUCAAGAUAAUUAUUAUGAGAAAGAGUUUCUGAAAUCAUUGAAAUACGCGGAUACUGAAAGUAACAGAGUGGUGCUAGGUAUGAGAUUAAUGGUGCUAGCUGGUGCUAGGUCUAAACUAUCUCGGACUAACUUUUCACGAGAAUUAACUAAUGUCGGGGGCUAG